AUGACGAGGAUUGGUUAUAUCUAUGAUAGCAAAUAUGAUUUGGGAGUGGACGGAGGCUUUAAAGACUAUACAAUUCUAUUCAUUAUUCUUUAUUUGUGUCGAGGAGAGAAAGAUGAAAAUGGUAAAGUGAUUGACCAGUCUAUCACAGAUGAAGUUUUGCGAAAUGGUCAAGUGGUGAAGAAUGUGCAAUAUUCUCCCAUUCUGAAGCUGGGAGAUAAAGUAGUCAAUGGAAAACCGAUUGGAAAGGGAUUUAACAUCAGAUAUGCUUAUGAUUAUAAAAGUGCUAUCGAUGAAUUAAUGAGCGGAAGGUAUCGAAUGACAUUUAUUACUUGUUCUCCUGGAGAUGGAAUUAUGGCGAAGAAAUGUGAUGAUGAUGUUGAUCAAUAUGCAGAUAGGUUUGUGGGUUGUGUUCACGAAUUCAAUAGGAGAGGAGGAGGUGUAUUCUGGUUUUUAGAAAACUAUCCAUUCACUUAUGAAGCUGACCUGUAUUUUAAGAAAUUCUAUGGAUUUGAAGCAGUUGGUGAUAAAGAUAAAAACAUAAAAGGAGGCAAAGUGAUGGAAAGAGUGAAGAGUGAAACUCCGGAAGCUGGCCAUUUUAUUACUAUUGGAGGCAAAGCAACUGAUUUUUAUAAUCUGUCUCAAUUGGAUUUUGGCAUUGUUCGCAUAUUUGAAGGAAGAACGCUUUGCAAACUGAAUGAAAGGAAACUCGAAGGAAUUGGAUUCCGUGAAUUUGCAAAAGAGAGUGAAGGAAAUGUGUCGAUAAUGGUGAAAGAAAAGCAGGAAGGAAGCAGUGAAGGCAGAAUGAUCAUUGAUACAGCUGCAUCCAAACUAUUCUUGGAAUUCACUGAAGAUGGAACAGCGCGAUGGAUCAGCAAUGCUGCAGUUUGGUUGUGUAACACGGAAGCAUUUGAAGAAGAACGAUUCUGUAAUCCAAAAUUAACUUCAGGAAUCAAAAUGAAUGGAGUAACACUUCCUGGCUUGACACCAAUGGAGAAACGAGAAAUCAAGAGUAAGGAAGUGAGAUUCUGUUUGAGUAUUGUAAUGGAUACGACAGGAUCGAUGAGUAGUUAUAUUAAUGCUACUAGAGAGAAUAUUGUCCAAAUUUUGAAUGAGUUACAACAAAUAGAAAGUGAUCAUCAUCUUCCUAAGGGAAAAAUUGUGGGUCAAGUUGUUCAGUAUAAAGAUUAUGCUGAUGAAAUGACGGGAGAAACAGCAGAAUACAUUACUCAUGACUUUGGAAAACUGAGAAAAAAACUUGCUUCAUUUGGUCCUGAUGGUGGAGCUAGUGGAAUGCCAUGUGGUUAUGGUUGGUGUGAAGAUAUUCAAGGAGGAUUGAUUCGUGCUUUAGGACAAAUAAAACAAGCCCCAUUCAAUACAUAUAAUCAUUUGAUUCUUAUUGUUGGAGAUUAUCCAAAUCAUGGAGAUCAUCCAAAAUGCGGAUUAACUCAUACCAAAAGCGGUGUAAGUGUUGAUGAAUUGUGGAACAAAAUCUAUAAUGAUAUUCGUUCUUUACUAAGUAUUAGAGUAAUUUUUAUGCCUGUAAGUGAUGCAGUUAUCACUAAAACAAUGGAGAGAAUGCAAUCAGUUUUGGGACCUAAAAUCGUUGAUAGUGCCGAAGUUACAAAUCAAACAAACUUCGUACAAGUAGUAACACAGACAGCUAUCACUGAAUACAAGCGAUUCAUUGGUAUUUCUUAA